AUGUUUGUCAAUCUACCUGGGUGUCGCAUUUUAUUCGCAAACGGAGUGUUGAAAAAUACAAGAAGACUGUUGAACCUAAACAAGAUGGAAAAUCAGAUGCUAAUGUUACAAGUGGCAAACAAUCAAACUGAUGCUAUUCAAGUACCAUCCCCAACAACAACACCAAAAACUCCACAAAAACUAAAUUUUGAAAAAAUAAAAAAUGACAAAAUAAAUCAACAUUUUAUUCGUUUAUUGGAAGAAUUAUUUUCAAAUAAUUUACCUUUGGAAGCACUAAAUUAUUGUUAUUCAAUUUUCUCAACUAAUUUUGUUAUUAAUAGUAGAACUUUAAUUUUAGCUGCAAAAAUUGUUGCAAUGUGUCAUACAACAAAAACAGCAAUUACUUCAAUAGAUUCAAACAAAUUAAAUUUAAUUCUAAAUAAAAUACAAAAAGAAUUGCCAAAUUGUGAAAAUUCAAUAAGAUUAACAAUUCAACUUUUAUUGGAUGCGAGUAAAGGAGAUUGGAGUAAAAUAAAUAUUUUGGAACACAUCCCUGAUAAAGUUGAAUGUUUUGCUAUUUUGGCUAGUAUUUUAAUUGAAAGGAGGGAAUUCGAUAUUUUGAGUUCAUUAUGUUCAAUUAUCCAACCAAAACAAAAAUUUUAUCAACAUCCAAUUUUGUGGAAUUCAUUUUUAAAUUUUUUGGAAGAAUUUAACAACACAAAACAAUGUAAAGAAUUAUUAGAAUUAUUUAUGGAUCAAAUUGUUUCUAUUGGAAAAACAAUUAAUAGUGAGGAAUUUAAAUGUAUUCAGACUGCUAUGAGGUUUGGGAAAAAAUUUUUUAAACGAUUUUUGUAA